AGUAGGUAUGUAUUUGAAAUGUGAGAUUCCUUGUCGUUUGUACAUCCUGUGUACGUCAGCCACAAUAUCAACACAUAGAUAUAUAUAUUUGAGGCCCAAUAAUUGAAAGGUAGAUAAAAUAACAAGAACAAGUGAAAGAGAUGUCUAGUCUUAUUACUGAUACCCAGAAUCAUGUAUCGUUAUUAAUAGAGACUGUAGAUUUUGCAGCUAAGAAACACAAAUCUCAGAAAAGAAAGGAUAUUGCACAAACUCCAUAUAUCAAUCACCCUAUAGGUGUAGCACGUAUACUUACUCUUGAAGGUGGUGUGACUGAUUUGAAUGUUAUUCAGGCAGCAUUACUCCAUGAUACAGUUGAAGAUACUAAUACUACUUUUGAGGAGAUAGAGGAAAUAUUUGGUCGUAAAAUAAGGGACAUUGUUUAUGAAGUUACAGAUGAUAAGACUUUGCCUAAACUAGAGAGGAAAAGGCUUCAAAUUGAACAUGCACCUCACUGUACCUAUGAAGCAAAACUUGUUAAGUUGGCUGACAAGCUCUAUAAUCUGAGAGACUUGAUGCAUCAAACCCCAAGAGGAUGGACAAAAGAAAGAGUAAAUGAAUACUUUGUUUGGGCAUCCAAGGUGGUUGCUAGACUCAGAGGAACAAAUAAGGAAUUAGAGUCAUCACUUGACUUGCUUUUCAGGAAAAGAGGAGUUGUAACAGACUAAAAUGCUGAAGUAAAAUGACUAGAAUAUUUGUGAAAGUUACCUCUAUAUUCUUAAAAAUAAUGUUUUCCUUUUAACUCCAUUAUUUUAUUGUUGUUUUUUAUCAAUUUCUAAAACUUAAUUUUCUUAUUCCAUUUGUUCAACUUUUUAAAGCCAAAUUUAUCACUGGUUUUCCUUAUUUGACUAUAAUUUGAUUUAUCUGUUUUUGUUUUUUUUAUAUACCAGUCACAUAUUAAAUUUUUAAAUGUGGAAAAACAUAGGUAAAUAAACCAGUAGUAUGGUGAAAUGUCUUUCAACCAUCUGUCCAGUUUAGAAGCUGACAACAUAUCACUAAAUUAUUGAUCUGAUAUUAGACAUGAAAACUUUUGACAAGAUACAUCAAAUGAACUUUACAAAUUAAAAUCAUUCACUGCAGUUAGAUUAUUAAAUAUUCAUAGUAAUAGAAAAAAGAUAUUUUCAUAUUUUAGGCAUGAUUUUUCCUAGUAUAUUGUACUAGUUGUUAACACAAAGACUGUUCCUUCAGACCUCUAAUAUAAAGAAUGUCUCUGGGACAGACUGUUUUGCAUCAUUUAUAAAGUACUUUAUUGUCAACUCCAAAAUUAGUUUUUCAUGUUGAUGAGAAGAAAGCUCAUUAAUUUUACACCUGAGGUGUUUUGAAAAUUAGAACUUCUCAAAUAUAAAACAAGAGGGAAUCCACAAUGGCUGCAGCACUUGAAAUUAUCAUUUUAUUAGAUAUAAUUUUGUGCACCAGCAAUACCAAGUGUGAGGCACUCGUAUACCUGAUUUGAUUUUAUAACUCAUUAGAAUCUCUUAACAGCCUACACUCAAACUGAAAUUCUUUUAGGCAGGAUUAGAAUAAAUUAACCUUGGGCAUGGUCAAAUAGAUCAAUUGAAAGGGUUUGACCUCCUGAAUCAAAAACUGUAAUUAGAUCUCAAAUCAGUCAAGAGAUGAUGGAGCUGUGAGCUAAAAGUGUGUAUCUGGAAAAAAGCUAACUGAGGGCUGUUCUAUGAGCCACUUAUUCAUGGCUAAAAAUAGGUGAUAAAUAAAACAGUAGAUGAAAAUGUUAAUCACAAGAAAAUAUUUUCUUAAUUUAAACAAUUCUGCUUAGUAAUUAAAAGAAAACUGGAAACUUAUGAACAUGGAAAUAAAUAUCUUAUCUAUAAUAUA